AUGAAAAACCUAUUAAAAAAAUUUCAUAUUGUGCCCAAUCAGUCUGAAGAUUCAGAGGGGUCUGGUUCAUCGAAGAGCAAUAGGUUGGGUGAUGUUCCAUCACCUGAGAGGUCUUCACACUCUAGGUCUCAUCAUGGUUCUGAGCAUAAACCCUUUUCAGCUAUUUCUGGAUGGUUAAAUUCUGUUGGAAAUAGAAAUAAUCCUACUAGUCAUAGUCCUAGUCCCCCAUUUUCUUCAAAUAUGACAAGAAGUGAGAGAGUUGAACCCUCUGAUUCUGUGGUCACUAGUGGUUUUGAUGCUGCUUUGGAUGCAGUGAAGCGCGAUUCAGGGUCUAGCAACUCAAGGGAUCCCGAUAUUGAAGAGGAGUAUCAAAUUCAGUUAGCUUUAGAAUUGAGCGCAAGGGAGGAUCCUGAAGCAGUUCAGAUUGAAGCUGUUAAGCAGAUCAGUUUGGGCUCAUGUCCUCCAGAAAAUACUCCAGCCGAAGUAGUUGCAUACCGAUAUUGGAAUUACAAUGCUCUUGGUUAUGAUGACAAGAUCCUAGAUGGUUUUUAUGACCUUUAUGGCAUCUUUAUGGAGUCCACUUCAUCAAAGAUGCCUUCCCUUGUUGAUCUACAAGGAACACCUGUCUCAGAUAAUAUCUGCUGGGAAGCAAUACUCGUUAAUAAGGCUGCUGAUUCUAAGCUGUUACAACUAGAACAGAAGGCUUUGGAGAUGGCUGUGAAGUCCAGGUCAGAAUCUGUAAAUUUUGUUGGUAGCAACUUAGUGUGGAAGCUUGCUGCUUUAGUUUCUGACCACAUGGGAGGGCCAGUUGGAGAUCCCGAUAACAUGUUGCUAGCAUGGAGAAGUCUCAGUUACACUUUAAAAGCCACUCAUGGGAGCAUGGUUUUGCCCCUUGGUUCUUUGACGAUUGGCUUAGCCCGUCACCGUGCAUUGUUGUUCAAGGUUUUGGCUGAUAGUGUGGAUAUUCCUUGCCGUUUAGUGAAGGGACAGCAAUACACUGGUUCUGAUGAUGUGGCAAUAAACUUUGUGAAGAUUGAUGAUGGAAGGGAAUACAUAGUUGAUUUAAUGGCAGAUCCUGGCACACUUAUUCCAUCUGAUGCAGCAGGAUCCCAUUUGGACAAUGAGGAGUCUUUCUUUUCUACCAGUCCUUUGUCCAAGGAUGUAGGCUCCUCUCAUACAGCGUCCUCUAGUAGUGGGGUUACCACUUCAUUUAAAGACCAAUUGGAGUCUGGGAUCCUGGACAAGAGAUCCAGGUUUGGCAAUCAUGAUGGUGCAGAAAACGAAUCUGAUGACAGAGGUCAAUUAUUUGUGUCUUCUGCUAAUUUAAUUCAACAGCUUAGCACUAAGGAAGGAUCUGAUAAGUCAGAUGAAUUCAAAAAUCCCUGCAAGGUGAAGGAGCUGGUUCGAGAAAUUCCGAGCAGGGCCAAUCAUCCUUACAUGCACGCAAGAUCUCCUUCCUGGACUGAAGGAGUUAGCUCCCCAGCUGCACACAAAAUGAAAGUGAAGGAUGUUUCACAAUACAUGAUUGAUGCUGCCAAAGAAAAUCCACAAUUAGCCCAGAAACUUCAUGAUGUGUUGCUUGAAAGUGGUGUUGUUGCUCCUCCAAACUUGUUUACUGAAAUCUACUCGGAGCAAUUAGAUAUAUCACCAGUGGAGGCAAAGUCCCUGACUGACGAUAAGGAGAAUAAAGAGAGAGAUGUCACCCAGAAAGCAGCAACUCGAGCUCGUUUUUUACCUCCUCUGCCUUAUCAUGGUGUGCACUCUAAAGGAAGUCCUCGUGGACCACUGGAGCAUCAGCUAGAUUUAAUGGAAGCAACUGGACAGCAUACUUCAUCACAAUCUGAAGUAACUUCAGCUAAAUAUGCAAAAAAUGUUCCUGUUGCUGCAGCGGCAGCAGCGGCAGCAGCUGUUGUUGCGUCUUCGAUGGUAGUUGCUGUAGCAAAGACAAGCAGUGAUUCAAAUCUUGAACUUCCUGUAGCAGCUGCGGCCACUGCUACAGCUGCCGCUGUGGUAGCAACAACUGCAGCUGUCAGCAAGCAGUAUGAGAACUUGGAGACUUGUGCUCAUUCACCAAAUACUGCUGCCCCCUUCUUUAACCCAACUGAUUUUGCAAAGAGUGAUGGAGAUGCAGAUGCUCUUGCUCAAGAGCCGCGUGGUAGUGGUGACCGGGAGCAUGAUGCUUUGGGGGUGAAUUCCGAAGGUGAGAGAAUAUCAGAUAGGUCGACAGGUGAUGAUAGUGCAAAAUCUGAUGUGGGAUUAGAUGACGUAGCAGACUGUGAGAUUUUGUGGGAGGAUAUCGCCCUGGGUGAGCGUAUUGGACUUGGAUCGUAUGGAGAGGUAUAUCGUGGAGACUGGCAUGGAACUGAAGUUGCUGUUAAGAAGUUCCUAGACCAAGAUGUAACCGGUGAAUCACUUGAAGAAUUCAGAAGUGAGGUCCGGAUCAUGAAAAGACUCAGGCAUCCUAAUGUUGUUCUUUUCAUGGGUGCUGUUACCCGUCCUCCAAAUCUUUCAAUUGUCACUGAAUUCCUUCCUAGAGGUAGUUUAUAUAGGUUACUUCACCGGCCCAACAAUCAAUUAGAUGAACGCAGGCAACUGAGGAUGGCUCUUGAUGCUGCUCGGGGAAUGAAUUAUUUGCACAACUGCACACCAGUUAUAGUUCAUAGAGAUUUGAAGUCUCCUAAUCUUCUCGUUGACAAGAAUUGGGUUGUGAAGGUUUGCGACUUUGGGUUAUCAAGAAUAAAGCACAGCACUUUUCUUUCUUCAAGGUCAACUGCAGGGACGGCUGAAUGGAUGGCUCCAGAAGUCCUAAGAAAUGAACCUUCAAAUGAAAA